CGGGGGCGCGGGCGGCGGGCGCGCGCGCGGCGGGGGCGCGCAGGCACAAGUAGUUUACAUUGUUGGGCGACUUUUGCAACAACUCGCCGCGCCGCGGCCUCCGCGCGCCGCCGCCGCCGCCGCCGCCGCCGCCGGCUCCCCGCCGCCCGGGCCCGGGCCGGCCGCGCCGGGGGCCGCCGCGCCGCUCGCCCCGCCGCCCCGCCGCCGGCCGGGCAUGAGUUAGUCGCGGACAUGGACACCAAACACUUCCUGCCGCUCGACUUCUCCACCCAGGUGAACUCCUCAUCCCUCAACUCCCCAACGGGCCGAGGCUCCAUGGCUGCCCCUUCGCUGCACCCGUCCCUGGGCCCUGGCCUCGGCUCCCCACUGGGCUCCCCCGGGCAGCUGCACUCACCCAUCAGCACCCUGAGCUCGCCCAUCAACGGCAUGGGCCCACCCUUCUCGGUCAUCAGCUCCCCCAUGGGCCCGCAUUCCAUGUCGGUGCCCACGACACCCACCCUGGGCUUCGGCACGGGCAGCCCCCAGCUCAACUCGCCCAUGAACCCCGUCAGCAGCAGCGAGGACAUCAAGCCCCCGCUGGGCCUCAACGGCGUCCUCAAGGUCCCUGCCCACCCCUCAGGAAACAUGGCAUCCUUCACUAAGCACAUCUGUGCCAUCUGUGGAGACCGCUCCUCAGGCAAGCACUACGGGGUCUACAGCUGCGAGGGCUGCAAAGGGUUCUUCAAGAGGACCGUGCGCAAGGACCUGACCUACACCUGCCGGGACAACAAGGACUGCCUGAUCGACAAGCGCCAGCGGAACCGGUGCCAGUACUGCCGCUACCAGAAGUGCCUGGCCAUGGGCAUGAAGCGGGAAGCUGUGCAGGAGGAGCGGCAGCGGGGCAAGGACCGGAAUGAGAACGAGGUGGAGUCCACAAGCAGCGCCAAUGAAGACAUGCCCGUGGAGAAGAUUCUAGAAGCUGAGCUGGCCGUUGAGCCCAAGACCGAGACCUAUGUGGAGGCAAAUAUGGGGCUGAACCCCAGCUCGCCCAACGACCCUGUCACCAACAUCUGCCAAGCUGCAGACAAGCAGCUCUUCACCCUUGUGGAGUGGGCCAAGAGGGUCCCGCACUUCUCCGAGCUUCCUCUGGACGACCAGGUCAUCCUGCUGCGGGCAGGCUGGAACGAGCUGCUCAUUGCCUCCUUCUCGCACCGGUCCAUAACUGUGAAGGACGGGAUUCUCCUUGCCACCGGGUUGCACGUGCACCGCAACAGCGCCCACAGCGCAGGGGUGGGCGCCAUCUUUGACAGGGUGCUGACAGAGCUGGUAUCCAAAAUGCGGGACAUGCAGAUGGACAAGACGGAGCUGGGCUGCCUGCGCGCCAUCGUCCUCUUCAACCCUGACUCCAAGGGGCUCUCGAACCCGGCCGAGGUAGAGGCUCUGAGGGAAAAGGUCUACGCAUCUCUGGAGGCUUACUGCAAACACAAAUACCCGGAGCAGCCGGGCAGGUUCGCUAAGCUCCUGCUCCGCCUGCCAGCCCUGCGCUCCAUCGGACUCAAGUGCCUGGAGCACCUGUUCUUCUUCAAGCUCAUCGGGGACACGCCCAUCGACACCUUCCUCAUGGAGAUGCUGGAGGCCCCACACCAGAUGACCUAGGCCCACCAGCGGGCCCUCGUGCCACCCAGUCUGGUGCCCCGCCUGGACACAGCUGCCCUGCCCGGCUCCAGCCCUGUGCCUGCCCCACCCCCCUGCCUGGCCCGUGUGGACCUUUGGGUGCAGUGUGUCACUGCAGCUCCGAGAGAUGUUUCCAUUCUCGUUAACCUUUAUUACUGCUUGUUAUUGGCCCAGGGUGGUGCUCUCCUGGGGCAGUGGCUGAGGUGGCCAGAACGGGUGUGAGGCCCAGCCAGGCCUUUCUCCAUUCUAGCAGGCUCUUGGGGUGCCCUGCCAUGCCCCAGGGGGGCUCAGGUGGCUGCACCCAGAGCUGCAGGAGCUGGGAGGGGCUUGUUCUGGCCUCCGUCUGCUGUUGCUGGUUCUCCGAGUCUUUGGGGUGAUCCUCACGUGUUGGAGUCCUGGUCCCCUACUUGGGGACAGGAAGGGGUAGACGGGGACAAGGCUGCGUGUCACUGCAGAGCUACUGGCCCUGGAAGUCAAGCAGGGACCGGCCUGCAGAGCUCCCACUGCAGAGUUCAGGGUGGCACGCCUCUUUUCCAAAGAUAACUUGGGACUUUGUCCCUGGAGCUAAGGACAGGGGACCCCAAAGGGCCGCAUUUGGGGGCCAGAGCAGGCUUCGGGGGCCAGGGCCGCUUGGUCGCUUUGCCUGUUUCCUCUCUGCAUCAUUGUCUCAGUUUUAGCUUCUUGCCACCCCACGUUCCCAUCCACCCAGGGCAAUAAGACCACAGUGCCACGGCCCCUCGUCCUCUGUCAGUCAGUGUGGUGGGCCAAGGGCUAGCCCAGUCUCAGGUGGCCUUGUGAGAAGCACAUGGCCAUCCUGCUGCAGGCUCUGUUGGAAGAAGGCUGCUGGCCAGUGGGCAGUUAGUUACAGGAACUUGUGGAUGAAGGAGCCAUGCAGGUGGGGGCAGAGGUGCCGUGUCCUGGUGCACUGUGGGGGCCUGCGUGAGCCUCUUCUCUGGCCUUCGGGGGUCCCCUGAGUGGCCUUGGGUAUCUGCAGAUGACAUUUGCCCGGAGCCUGAACUGGGUCCGUGUCUCUGCUCUGGCUGGGUCUGGGCCCCUCCUGCCGCCCCGCCUGCCUGCCCCUCACCCUACCUGCCCUGCACAGCCCCACCCCGCCCCUCACCCUACCAGGCACUCUCAGGUUGGACAGCCUCUUCUGCACUGUGCGCCUCACGGUGGCCCCGGUACGUGUCACAUAAAGUCUUAGACCCCGGGGGCCAGGUUUGUCGGAGCAGGUGCCCGAAUGGAGGGGCUGAGGGAUGCAGGCUGUUGCCGGGAAGGCCCUCGGCUCUCCACGGCUGCUCAGAGCGAGCUGCCGCCUCCCUUUGGGUGCAGCCGCCUGUGGGUGGGGUGGGUCUUGGGAGGAACUGGUUCCUGGGCCUCUGUGGGAAGGGCUUCUCCAGUCCUUGCCUUCCAAGAGCCCCCAGCUACGUCAGCGCAGGCACCUGGGUAGAGUCAGAUGGUGCUAGAGACUGUGAAGGAUUCCAGAAACAUCUUCCUACCACCUGCUCCUCCUUUCAACACAGUGGCUUCACGCGGUACCAGGGCCAGCAUCCAUUCUCUCUGUCCCGUCCCCCUCCUUCCCCCUCCCCCUGCCAGACUCUCCCUUUGGCUACGCCAGCAAGGGCCCCUGCUCCACACCAAGCGUGUGCCUUCUGCUGAGCUGAGUGCCCCGGCCCUGCUGAAUGGGGUCCGGCUGGUUAUAGAGCACUGAGGCCUCCUGAAGCCAGGCCCUCAGCCCCUCUGGUCUGCCCACCACCCCUCGCCGUCACCGACUCCCCCUGGGCUUCCUGUCCCUCAUCCUUUGUCCAUUGUCACCAUUUUUGUGCACAGCACC